CCUUAUCUUGCCGCUAUUAUCAUGUUUCCCGUCUCAUAGUAACAGAGCAGAUGUCAGGCCUGUUGCUAAGGGCUCCCGGGAAUAGUAACACCGGCUGGAGGCCCUCGGCCGCGGCAGGCGUCGGAGCCGCGGGGAGGAUUGGCUCGGAGCAGACGUGACUCCCCACCUGGCUGGGCCCCCUGAGCCAUGGCUGACACCAUCUUCGGCAGUGGCAAUGACCAGUGGGUUUGCCCCAAUGACCGGCAGCUGGCCCUGCGAGCCAAGCUGCAGGCCGGCUGGUCCGUGCACACCUACCAGUCCGAGAAGCAGAGGAAGAGCCAGCGCCUGAGCCCGGCCGAGGUGGAGGUCAUCCUGGCGGUGAUUCAGCGGGCCGAGCGGCAGGAGGUGCUGGAGCAGCAGAGAAUCGGGCGGCUGGUGGAGCGGCUGGAGACCAUGCGGCGCAACGCGAUGGGGGACGGCCUGUCCCAGUGCCUGCUCUGCGGGGAGGUGCUGGGGCUCCUGGGCAGCGCGUCUGUGUUCUGCAGAGACUGCAGGAAGAAAGUUUGCACCAAGUGUGGGAUCGAGGCCUCCCCCGGCCACAAGCGGACCCUGUGGCUGUGUAAGAUCUGCAGUGAGCAGAGAGAGGUCUGGAAGAGGUCGGGAGCCUGGUUCUACAAAGGACUCCCCAAGUACAUCCUGCCGCUCAAGACCCCCGGCCGGGCGGACGACCCCCACCUCCGACCUCUGCCCAUCGAGCCAGCCAAGCAGGAGCCCCACAGCGUGGAGACUAGUCGCGUGUACACAUGGGCCCGAGGACGAGUGGUUUCCAGCGACAGCGACAGCGACUCCGACCUCAGCUCCUGCAGCCUGGAAGACACACCACCGCCCCCCAGGGUCAGGGACCUGAAGGGCGACAGGGAAGCAGGUGGCAGCGCGGCGUCUCCGAGGGCAGGACUCACCUACCCGCCCGGCCACCUCUCCGGGAGCCAGAGCAGCCUGGCCAGUGAGGUGGGGACUGGCGGCGCAGACGCCCAGGGGGGCACCCCACUCUCACCAGACACGAAGGGAUCGGGCAAAAGGCGGCCCCGGGCGGGUUCCCGCCGCUGACGGGGCUCCGCGGCCCGCUCCGAGCCCAGCGGCAGAGGCCUGCUGGGGGCACGGCACCCACAGCCCAGCGCAGGGGACAGAUGUCAUGGCGCCGCUCCCUCCGCCCCGGGACGCCACCUCUGACCCCACAGACCAGUGUUUGGGGAGCCCGGGCCUGCUCCCCCCACCAGUGCCUUUCUACACCCCCUCCUCCCCCGCCUCCCUGGCCCCACCUCGCAGCCCGGACUUUAUUUAUUGUUCUCCCUCUCCACCCCCUGUACCUGGGCUCCACCUCACCACUUGCUUCUCUCGGGUCGGCAGGGGCCUGCCUGUGUCCACGCCCUUUCCCAGGGCCCUUCUCCUGCUCUGCACACGGGGAGCGGAAACCCCGGCUUCAGCACUGAGUGAGGGGCAAGAGCACAGUGGGGUGAGCGGGCCCCUGUGUGUCCCUGCAGCUCCAGGGCAAGCUGGGGGCACUGUGUUACCUAGACACCAUCCCCCCCCUCCACCUCCCCAGGUCUCUGUCUCCCCUGAUUUCGUGCUGUUGGGAGGGUCCUGCUGAUCCCUGAACCCACCCCCCACCCCCCGCAGAGGAACAACUGAGCUGAAACUACCCUAAGUCACUCACUUCUCAUCCACAGGUUUAUUUUGCCAUACAAAAAUAUAAAGUGAAAUAAAAAAUCCUGGGUUGGAGCAGUAGGACAGCAGGGAGGUGCGUGCCUUGCGCGUGGCCGACCCAGGCCCGAUCCCCGGCACCCCAUACGAUCCCCUGAGCCCUGCCAGGCGUGAUCUCUGAGCACAGAGCCCGGAGUAACCCCUGAGCACAGCGGGGGGUGGCCCAAAACAGACAAAAAAAAAAAACUUUUAAUACAAAGCUCAGGCAAGGCCGGGAGGUGGCUCUGGGCUCGAGCACGGGCCUCCCCGGGUGAGGGCUGGGCACCAUCCCCAGAACCGCCAACCGUAGUGGCCCCGACAACCGCAGCAGAAAAAUACAAAUGAAAGGAGCAGAUGCUUCUGGAAACCCCUUCCCUGAGAGAGAACCUGAGAAUGUGAUUUGUGUGUCUAGGGCCCGCCCUUCCCCCUCCCCUGACCCGGGAAGGCCCUUCUCAGCCAAGUAUUCAGGACCCCUCAUUUGCUUUACUACUUUGUCCUUGUCCCUGGGAGACACUGAAAUAAACCGCAUUUCUCUGUGACAACCUACUCUUUGGAGGAUAGCAAU